AUGGCUAAAUGUCGUGUUUACUCAUCCAAUUUUGCAUUCACGACUCAAUUCGUCAAUCUCGUGGCAGAAGCCUUGUUCGCCUGUUUUCUUCGCAUACCAUCUGCGUGUGUAUUUGAUACCAACUCCAAUGCCUGUGCAACUGGCCUCACCGGAAAAUCGGUCCACAUGGAGCGUACUUCAAAGCGCUCUUCCUGUUCUCCCACUUGCCCAUUCAUUGGCCCAACGGAAUGA